CCAAUUUUCAUCCUCAAAUUCAUUGCCGCAAGCCGUAACAACUAACCUAAGCAUUCAAACCUCACUGCUUCCAUUAAUUCCAAUUCUUCAUUCUUAGUAAUCCUUUCAACUUUUUCAUUUUACCCCAAUCUCUUUCUCACUUUCUGAAAUAUCACUGCACAGUAAAAAAAGAAAUCCCAACUCACUUUUAGAGCCCUAUAAACUGAAUUUCAAGGCAGGUGGAAAAAAUAUCUCUUCAUCCAUUAUUUUUUGGGCUAAUAGCAUUUUUGGUCCCUCAAUUAUAGGUACUGAUUGUGGGCAGUAUAUUUGCUUCUUGAAGUUGAAAGUUACAAUGAUGAUAGAAACAGUUUGUUCAAGGAGAAGUAUAUCUACAUUUUCUUGUUUGUGCCAGAGAAUUAAGCAGACAGAAAGUGAAAUUGUUAAAAUGUUUGAAAUCUCAAGGCCUAAGGCCGAAACAGAAGGAUUCCAAGAGAAGCGACCACCCUUAAGAAGGGGCUCUGUAAGGAUAUUGGAUGAGAGGUUCAUCAGGAUUCUGAAGAUAUUUAAGUGGGGUCCUGAUGCUGAAAAGGCCUUGGAGGUGCUACAGCUGAAAGUAGAUAAUGAAUUGGUUCGAGAGGUUUUGAAAAUUGACAUGGAGAUCAGUGUGAAAAUUCAGUUUUUCAAGUGGGCUGGCAAAAGGAGGAACUUUGAACAUGACUCAACUACCUACCUGGCUUUGAUUCGAUGUCUUGAAGAAGCUGGGCUGACAGGCGAAAUGUGGAAGACGGUGAAAGAAAUGGCACGGAGUACAUGUGUCGUUACUCCUGCUGAUCUCUCCGAGACAGUAAGAAUUUUGGGCAGGGCAAAAAUGGUAAACAAAGCACUAUCAAUAUUUUACCUGAUUAAAGGCCGCAAGUGCAAGCCGACUGCAACAACUUACAAUUCCAUUAUUUUUAUGCUGAUGCAAGAGGGUCAACAUGAAAAAGUACAUGAGCUUUACAGUGAAAUGUGUAAUGAGGGCAAUUGUUUCCCUGAUACAGUUACUUACAGUGCUCUUAUAUCAUCCUAUGCAAAGCUAGGUCGUGAUGAUUCUGCUGUUAGGUUGUUUGAUGAAAUGAAGGAUAAUGGUUUACAUCCCACUGCAAAGAUAUAUACAACCUUGUUAGCAGUUUACUUCAAAUUGGGUAAGGUUGAAAUGGCUUUAGCAUUAGUCAAUGAGAUGAAGAAGAAUGCUUGUGCCCCAACUGUGUAUACUUACACUGAAUUGAUAAGAGGGCUUGGUAAAGCUGGUAGAAUGGAGGCGGCAUACUCUAUAUUUGUGUCCAUGCUAAAAGAGGGAUGUAAGCCGGAUGUUGUGUUAAUAAACAAUGUGAUAAACCUUCUAGGAAGGGGAGGACGUAUAGGUGAUGCUUAUAAAUUGUUUAAUGAAAUGGAAUCAUUAAACUGUAAACCGAAUGUUGUGACAUAUAAUACUAUUAUAAAAUCCCUGUUUGAGUCGAAAGCACCAGUAUCCGAGGCUUCAUCUUGGUUUGACAGAAUGAAAGCAAAUGGUGUCACUCCAAGCUCUUUUAGUUAUUCAAUACUUAUUGAUGGGUAUUGCAAGAGAAAUAGAGUUGAAAAGGCGUUAGCCUUGCUUGAGGAGAUGGAUGAGAAGUGCUUUCCUCCUUGUCCAGCUGCCUAUUGCAGCUUGAUCAAUAGUCUUGGAAAAGCAAAACGCUAUGAAGCUGCAAAUGAGUUGUUUCAAGAAUUAAAAGAGAGUUGUGGAUCUAGCAGUUCUCGGGUAUAUGCUGUAAUGAUAAAGCACUUUGGGAAAUGUGGCCGUUUGAAUGAGGCUGUCAAUCUUUUCAAUGAGAUGCAAAAACUGGGAGGCUCUCCUGAUGUAUAUGCAUAUAAUGCACUCAUGUCCGGGCUGGUGAGGGCAGGUAUGCUAGAUGAUGCUUUUUCCAUGCUUCGUAAUAUGGAAGAAAAUGGUUGUUCUCCUGACUUAAACUCAUUUAACAUAAUACUAAAUGGUUUGGCCAAGACUAGUGAUCCACAGCGAGCGAUCGAGAUGUUUACAAAGAUGAAACAUUCAACAAAUAAACCUGAUGCUGUCUCUUACAACACCAUUCUUGGUUGCCUAAGUCGUGCUGGCAUGUUUGAGGAAGCUGCAAGGCUGAUGAAAGAGAUGAGGGCCGAUGGUUUUGAAUAUGAUCUUAUUACAUACUCAUCAAUACUUGAAGCAGUCGGCCAUAUUGAUGAGUAUGGUACAUGUCAAACUUCAUGAGAGAGCUUCGAUAUGUGAUUGGAUUUUCACUUUCUGUUGAGGAUUUGAAGUGGUAUGUUCAGUACACAUAUUAGCAUGCACGCAGCAUCUCCCACCUGUUUUCUCAAAUCGCUGGGUGGAAUUAGCUUGGCAGCACCCUGUAACAAAUGACGAAGGAUGGGUGCACGAUGUCAUCAAGAUUUGUUUGAGAUAUUGCCAACCACCUCAGAGAUGUCCGACUGUAUACAAGGAAUACCUCGACUGUUUCACCUGUAUUUUUUCGAAAUAGGUAUAAAUUUGGUGUACACAGACAUCCUCCUCUUGGAGCUUCUUUGGGAGAAGUCAAUGGUCUCUGGAAGGAAGAAACGGUAGUACAACAACAUACCCAGUGUAGUCCCACAAGUGGAAAGGAAGAAACGGCAGUGAAUUCAAAAAUACAAAAGGGGUUCAUAAAUGAUGGGAGAUCAUGAAGAGUUACCACUUGGCAUUGCUAAUGGUAGUGGCUGUUACUGAAUAGGGACCACAUAGAGAAUGAAGGAAGACAGUACUGUAACAAAAAAUGGUGGGAAAGGGGAAAAAAGAAAGAAAAUGAAACACGAGGAAAAGAUGAAAAUGAGGAUGAAGAGAGUGGAGGGAGAGGAAACAAAAUGGAGGACUAAAGAAAGGAGGAGCAGGUUUAAAUCAUGGUGGCUGGGUUGUAUCGUUUUAUACUGGUCUUUGGCGCUAUGUUUCUUUGGCUUGUAUAAGAUGCUUAUCACCUGGAACUGACAAACUCAAGAAUUACUCCAGUUCUGUCUGUCUUGAGCAACGAAUAGAGUCAGAGUCUAUUCGUUCAAAAGAUAAAGAUGAAUGACUUGUAAACUAGUAAAAUAUUUCUCAAUCAACAAUAUUUUGUUCCACUUCUAUUAUUCAGUCAUGGAGGUGUCUGUCAUUCUCAACCAGAAGGAAGGUCCAUUUAAUUUCGUCAAACUAGAGUGUAGUUCCUUGCAGUUUCCUAGUUCAUACUUCUGAUACUGAAUGUAGGCUUAUUGCCAUGGUUCUCUCUAAUCUAUGCUGGUGGUGUGUUAUCCUUGUGUGAAAUUUGUAUAAAACUGAAAUGGAAAUGCCAUUGAUUUUGUUGUCAGAUCAAGAAAAUAAUAUG